AUGGUUCUAGAUGUAGAUCUCAAUUCUCCACCUCUUGAGAUCCAUGAGCAAGAAGCAUCUUCUGGUUCCAGACACCCUGCUGCAUCUCAAGGAACAUCUGCUUCCAUCAAUCCUCGGCAUAUUUAUCCCAGUGGACAGCAUCAGGGUUCUGCCCCACAGCCCUAUGAUGUUUUAGACAGUUCACUUAUUGAUGUAGAUGCCAUCGAGGAUGAGGUCCAGAUGCUCUCAUCCCCAAGAGGGUUUCCUCAGGCAAGGAAUCAUUCUAGGAGAAAUCAACCUGUGACAGUAGUCCUCGAUGAAGAUCUUGACACAAGUUCAAGAAUAUCAGAGGGAUCAGCAACCAUAUUAUCUUUGAAUGAUCACAAUAAGCAUGAAAGAAGUUCAAGAAACAUUUCAGUUAUUAAUUGUGAGCUUUAUCCAGCUCUGGAAGAGGAGUCCAACGUGAAGGGCAAGAAUGUCAUGGAAACCAGGCCGGAGCCGGCCAAGGAACCAGCUUUCAUCUGCCCCAUCUGCAUGGACACACUGGUGGAGCCAUCGUCAACUAUUUGCGGCCAUAUUUUCUGCUGCAGCUGCAUAAAGGCGUCUGUUAAAUCUCAGAAGAAGUGCCCUACUUGUCAAAGAAAGCUAAGCAUGAUCAAUUUCCACAGGGUGUAUCUUCCAACUACUACUGACUGA